AUGGUCAAGUGGGAUGAGAUUACUCGGAGGAAAUCUAAUGGAGGCUUGGGGGUCAGGAAAAUGAUGCAACAGAAUCUUGCUCUAUUGGCUAAAGUGGUGAUCAGAGGAAAAUACGGGUUGGAUGCUAACUGUUGGUUACCCUAUGGUAAUGGCCCUAACGCUACAUCAAGAAUCUGGUCAAAUAUUUGUUCUCUGGAUAAUCCCACAUCCCCACUGGGCUAUUCCAUCCGGGACAGCUUUCGAGUCCAUGUAAAUUCAGGCGAUGCAACUGUGUUUUGGGAGCAUGUUUGGCUAGGUGAAUUCUCAUUAAAAGAAGAUUAUCCUAGACUUUUUUCUUUAUCUACCCAAAAGGAGGUGCUUAUCAGCAAGUUGAGGGUUGAGGGAUCAUGGGAAUUAUGGUUCCGAAGAGAAUUAUUUGGGCGAGAGAAGCAGGAAUUCGAUAACUUGAAAGAGCAGCUUCAACGGGUUAUCAUACUACCGUCGAAACUGGAUGUUUUGCAAUGGAGAUGGUCGAGUGAUGGAAUUUUUUUUGUCAGGUCAGCCUACGGGCAAUGGGAAUUGCAAUCCCACUCCAGUAGUGCGCUGCUUGGCUCUCUUUGGAAGAGUCUAGGCCCCCCUAAGGUGGAAAUCUUUGCGUGGAUGGCAAUAAAGGAAAGAGCGGUAACCAAGUCUGUCCUUCUUAGCAGAAAUUUGAUCAGUGAAAUUCAUUUAGCUUUGUGCCCUCUAUGCUCUUUGAAUCUGGAAACUCACCAGUAUUUGUUUCUUCACUGUCAUUUCUCAUGGAGUGUUUGGUCGAUAAUCCUAGAUUGGUGGAACAUCAAAUGGGUUUGCCCAAGUUCAGUACCAGACUUAGCAAAUUGGUGGUUUUUUAAUGGCUUCUCCAACCUGGAGAAACAUGUUUGGGAAGUUUGCUUCUAUGCUACGUUGUGGUCUCUUUGGUUGGCAAGAAAUGAUAUUAUUUUCAACAAUUCUACGAAACAAGCUUGGGAGGUGGGGGAUUUCGUAAAAACUAGAGUGGCGACGUGGAUGAAGGCGAAAUUUGACAUCAAAGUCUACACCGUUGAGGAGUUCAAGAUUUUCUUAGAUGGUGUCAGCAAACUGAAAUUGUAA